AUGGUGGUGUACAAGCAAGACUCCAAUAAGCUCAUCCCCUUUGUCGAUGACACAAUCGCGCGGUGGACAACGCCCACGGCCAUGGUCGAUUACGAAUCUGUCGCCGCCGGCGACAAGUUCGGCAAUGUCUGGAUCGUGCGCUGUCCCGAGAAGACCAGCGCCGAGGCGGACGAGCCUGGUUCCGAGGCUCAUCUGAUCUCAAGGGAGUACCUCAACGGCGCUCCAAACCGGCUCAACCUAAUGGCGCACUUCUUCGCUCAAGACAUCCCGACCAGCAUCUGCAAGACUGCCCUCGUCGUCGGCGGGCCGGAUGUCCUCUUAUGGGGCGGGUUGCAGGGCACGAUCGGCGUUCUUAUUCCGUUCGUCGCUCGCGAGGACGCCGACUUCUUCCAGACCCUGGAGAUGCACAUGCGCAGCGAAGAUCCGCCGCUCGCCGGCCGCGACCACCUCCUAUACCGCGGCUACUACGUGCCGGUCAAGGGGGUAAUAGAUGGAGAUUUGUGUGAGCGGUACCUAUUGCUCCCUAGCGGCAAGAAGCAGAUGAUUGCUGGUGAGCUCGAUCGCUCGGUGAGGGAAAUAGAGAGAAAAAUUUCCCUUGCCCGAACACGGUCCGCCUUCUAAUGGGGCUGUAAGGCGGAUACGGGGGAUUGAUUGAUUGAUUGAUUUAGUCAUACACCC